UCCAAAAAGGCGAAAAAGAAUGUCAUGGUUGGCUCGCUCUCUGGCGAACUCCCUCCGUCUCGACGACGACGACGGUGUAGAUGAGGACGAAAACGACGUCGCACCUUUCGCCUCUAACCCCCAGCCCCACUCUCAAUCUUCGUCCCUAAAACACGAAAUUCACCAACCACAACAACAAAACCAGGACCAGAAUGACGCGAUCCAAUCGUAUUCGCCAUUGUUGCAAGAAGAGGAGCUUCAAUCACGUGGCGUCAAAGAAGACUUGACCGAGCUGAAGCAAACCUUCACUCGUCAACUCUGGGGGGUCGCUUCUUUUUUGGCUCCUCCUCCUCCUCCUCCCCCGCCCCCUCUUCCUUGUCCAGUCGAUUCCUAUCGCCAGUACGAUCAUCGAUCAGCCUCUAACAUGGACCAACAAGAGCCCUCUGGUCGCUACGUUUCCGAAAAGAAAAGGGAGCCCUCUGAUUCGGGGGCAGUUACGGGGAUCAGGAGUGAUUUUGCGGAGAUUGGAGGGAGAUUUAGGAGCGGUGUUACGGAGAUUUCGAAGAUGGCUUCAAAUUAUUUUCCAUUUGGAUCGCAGGAAAAGCUGGAAGGAAAUGAGGGGGGACACGAGGAAUUCUACGAGGAGGAAGAGGACGAAGAAGAAGAGGAAGAGGACGAAGAAGAAGAGGAAGAGGAAGAGGAUGAGGAAGAGGAAGAGGAGGAACUAGGGGGGUCCGCCGUUGGGAUUACCGAGGAGGUGUUGGCGUUUGCAAGGAAUAUAGCAAUGCAUCCAGAGACUUGGUUAGAUUUUCCUCUUGACGAGGAAGAAGAUUUGGAUGAUUUUGAUAUGUCCGAUGCUCAACAAGUACAUGCUUUGGCCAUUGAACAUCUUGCUCCUAGAUUAGCUGCUCUCAGGAUUGAGCUUUGUCCUUGCCAUAUGACUGAGAGUUACUUCUGGAAAGUGUACUUUGUUCUUUUGCAUUCAAGGCUAAAUAAAUAUGAUGCUCAAACUUUGUCCACAAAACAAGUGAUGGAAGCAAGAGCAUUGUGGAUGCAAGAACUGCAGAAACAAACAAAGCAGGAGACUGACUGGCCUGAAAGAAACCUAUCCUACUUAAAAGACAGCAAAGAUGUUCUGGAGGAGAGUAUUGUUGCUUCGGCAUCAAAUUAUGCUCCUCCAGAGUACUUGUCACCCCGAAUAUAUGCAUUUGAACCACCUUCCCUCAGAACAAUUGAUUACGAAAUGGUUAAGCACCCAGUCGAAAGUAAUGAGGUACAAUUCAUCGACAAAUCAGUUAUUGAAGAAAAGCCAGUUGUUAAGACUGAGGAUAAGAAUUUAAUAGUUGGUCCGUCCUCCAAGACACAGAUUCCUAGCUAUGAAGAUGAUGAAUACGACUGGCCAGAAGACGACUCUGAUUUUGGUUGCAGUAGGGCUCCCAUUUUUAUGGGGAACGAAGAUGAUGUAUCCUUUAGUGAUCUCGAGGAUGACGAUGAUAAGGGGACCAUGAGCUUAAAAUCAAAAAUGGUUUCAAAGAGUUCAGAAAGUUGAACACUGUAAAAAGUGCUGAACAUAGUUUUGGGCUAAGCGUGUAAGCUUUUGCCGGUUGGACCGGAUUUCAACGAAAAAUGCAACUGGAUGUUGAAAUUUGGAUUCUGGACAAUGGCCAAUGAGGAAGGUGUGAAAUUUUCUAGGGCUAUAAUAUAUAAUUGCUGUAGGAAGGGAUUGUCUCAGAUGGUGCUGCUCCUCAAUGGAACAUGAUUUGGUGGGCAAAUGACUGUUUACAAGAGUGAUUGUUUGUAGUUUUUGAUUGUGAGAAGAUUGUAAGGAAAUAUUAAGCUUGAAAUGGGUUAGAGACAAACUGUCUAAAUGAAAUUGGUUGAUUUUUCCACAUGCUCAAGAAAUGUACAGGGAGUGGGUGACAACUGUAAUGACGACAGGACAGGGUUUGUCCCAGUUGUCUGUUAGAAUUCUGAUGUAAUAUAUAAAGCAAAAUUUUGUGAAUAAAAUGAAAAUUCCCCA